UCGUGAGAUCAAACCAACCAAGUUAUUUUCUUGUGGAAUCCUAGUUUCGUUGGUUUGUCCCACUCCGAGCCUCUACCCAUCUUUUUUGGCGUGGAUACCAACAAGAAGGAAAUCUAUAGAAAAUACCUAUUUACUUGCCAAAUCAAUGAAAUUAGGGUCAACCUCUCCAUGAAAACAAACUAUAAGUGUUGCUGGUCGGGAUGAAAGUAAGGCUCAAACUGCUCGUCGAGAUCAUGGAAGAAUUGCUUAAGGUGCUGGUAGAUUGUCGAAACUCGAAAGUAAUGGAACCACCAUCUAUAGAAAAUACCUAUUUACUUGUUCACGUUACAAACAGCAUGGAACACAUUCAACUUACUUUCUGCAUCAUCACAUGGCCUGAUGCCCUGGGUCAGUUCGUUGUUAAUAAAGUGACUAAAAGAGAACACUCACCUCCUCCUGUUUUUGUGGUGUAAACUAGUUUGUACAAGAUAUUUGAAAAAAGACUGAAUUUUGUAUUAUUUCUGGGACUGCUUGAUAUAAAGCGAUGGAGAUAAUGUAAACAGAGAAAACACAAACACACGGAGAGACAUGGAUUCUAAGGCAGUAGCUGAUAAGCCUCAUGCCGUCUGCAUUCCAGGUCCAUUUCAAAGCCACAUUAAGGCAAUGUUUAAUUUGGCAAAACUUCUGCACCACAAUGGUUUCCACAUAACAUUUGUCAACACUGAUUUCAAUCACAAACGACUACUCAAAGCUAGAGGCUCUGAUGCCUUGAACGGAUUGCCGGACUUUCGAUUUGAGUCCAUUCCAGAUGGCCUUCCUACUUCUGACGACAAUACUGCACAAGACAUUUUCAUGGUCAUCGAGUCUGUCAGAAACUACUUAUUGUCUCCAUUCCUUGGCUUGCUUGCGAAACUCAAUCACAGUUCCUCCAUUCCCACUGUCACAUGCAUUGUUUCUGACGGGUUCAUGUCAUUCACGGCCACAGCAGCUAAAGAAUUUGGAAUCCCAUCUCUGUUUUUCAUCACUAUUUCUGCUUGUAGCUUCGUGGGGCUCACUCAAUUUCGCGCACUCCAAGAGAAAGGCCUUACACCACUCAAAGAUGACAGCUAUUUAAUGAAUAGUUAUCUGGACACCAUCAUAGAUUGGAUACCUGGAAUAAAAGGUAUACGUUUGAGAGAUCUCCCAAGUUAUAUUAGGUCAACAGACCCGAAUGAUGCACUACUCAACUUCUGUAUGGAAAUAAGUGAAGUAGCUAAUGAGACUUCUGCAAUUAUCGUACACACUUUCGAGGCAUUGGAGCGAGAAGUUCUUGACGGUCUUUCUACCAUAUUCCCAACGGUAAACGCUGUUGGUCCACUCCAGUUACUUCUCAAUCAAAUGAAUGAGGACAGUCGCUUGAACUCAAUUGGAUGGAACCUCUUGAAAGAAGAACCUGAAUGCCUAGAAUGGCUAGAUUACAAAGAACCCAAUUCAGUAAUCUAUGUAAAUUUUGGCAGCAUAGCAGUCAUGAGUAAGGAACAGCUCAUUGAGUUUGCUAUGGGACUUGCUAAUAGCAAUCACUAUUUCUUAUGGAUAAUUAGGCCUGAUCAGGUGAGAGGAAAUUCUGAGAUUUUUCCAACGGUGUUUAAAGAAAAAACAAGAGAUAGAGGAUUCAUUGCAAGCUGGUGUGCACAAGAGGAAGUACUGAAUCAUCCGUCUGUUGGAGGGUUCUUAACACAUUGCGGGUGGAACUCAAUACUUGAGAGUUUGUAUGCGGGAGUGCCUAUGCUUUGCUCGCCAAUGUUCGGUGACCAACCGACGAACUGCAGGUUCGCUUGCGUUGAAUGGGGGAUUGGGAUGGAGAUUAGUAGUGAUGCAAAGAGAGAUGAAGUAGAGAAGCUGGUGAGAGAGUUGAUGGAGGGUGAGAAAGGAAAACAACUGAAAUGCAAUGUGAUGGAAUGGAAAAGAAUGGCAGAAGAGGCUACUAGUCCGAUUGGUUCUUCUUUUGUUAAUUUUGACAAGGUGGUGAAGGAAGUUCUUCUCUCAAAAUACCCAAAAUAGUCUAAAUAAAGGGUGAUUGAGAUAAGAAAGUAUUAUUUCUGUGGUUAAUGAUUAUAACUUCUUUAAGGUCCGAUUGGUCUCCCUUGUGGAUCAAAGCUGUAAUGUCUGUGUUUUUUUUGUUUAGUUUUUGUUACCUGGCAUAAACCGGUGGAGUCGGACUCAUUCGGCAAUGUCUGAUGUAAUACGGUGUCGUCCAACAAUGUCUGGUGUUAUCCAUUUUAGUAUUUGUGUUUUC